AUGGCUCUCUUCUUCGAUUCAUGGGGGACUGAAAUGUUGGCUCUCCUGACAACUAUUAUUGCGAUUCUUUACGUCACAUUUAAAAUCAAUUAUACAUACUGGAAGAAGAAAGGUUUGCCAUAUUUGGAGCCAACUUUCCCGCUGGGGAAUGCCUGGAACACGACACUAAUGAGGAAGAACCCUAGCGAGGAUCUGCGGGACAUCUAUUUAGAAACAGAUGGCAAGGAUGUCGUCGGUAUUUACGCAUUAAACUACCCUGUCCUCGUUGUGCGGGAUCCAGAGUUGAUCAAAACAAUUCUAGUAAAGGAUUUCAACCACUUUCCCGACCGGGGCAUCUACAUCGACGAGGAGACAGAUCCCCUGUCGGUACACCUUUUCUUCCUCAGUGGCCCCAAGUGGCGGUCUCUGCGCCAGAAGCUGACACCCACAUUCACGUCGGGAAAAAGGCGCGCCAUGUUCGGUAUAGUGCGCGACAAUGCACGCAUUCUGGUUGACGUCACACCUGUGGGCAUUGUUGUGGAAGUCCGCGAGCUGGUUGCCCGCUACACUACUGACGUCAUCGCAUCCUGCGCUUUCGGCAUCGACAUCGACAGUCAGCACAAACCAGAGGCGGAGUUCCGUCAGUGGGGGCUGCGCUUCUUCAAGCCAUCCCUGCGUACCUUCUUGACUCUGUCUCUGGGCUUCUCUAAUCCCAAACUGCGCAAACUGCUGCCUGUACCCUUCACGCCAAAGGAUGUCGCAGAGUACUUCACACGCGUCGUCAAUGACACAGUCAAACACCGAGAGGAGACAGGUGUCAUUAGGAAGGACUUCUUACAGUUGAUGAUUCAGCUGAAGAAUAAAUGA